CUUCUUUCUCUGUUCUUCCAUCAGCAUAUUUUCUGGGGAGGCUUCAGGCUUGUGUGCCCAUCUCUGCUUGCCAAUUGACUAUUCUCCAUCGAAAUCGAUUUACAGAGAACGAUUUCCCUUUCCAGCUUCGUGCUUCACGAUGUCAGCCGCGUCCAUUGUUGAGGAUGUCCGUGUCGGUGAAGAGAGCAAGAACCUCUCCGAGAAGCUCAACGAGGUGAAGCUCGAGAAUGGUACAACUCAACCUCCCGCGUACGAUGCUUCAAAUGGCUCAUCAUCUCAAGGGUCAACAGUUGCAGAAGAAAAGCCUGCUGGACCGCAGAUGACACCAAUUCCGUAUCCCCCGGAGUCAGCAGCCAUACCGACCCCUCCUGAGCUUACGGCCGAGCAGCAGUCGAAGUAUGAGGCAGUGUUGGAGACUGUGAAGUCCUGGAAGGAAGUUCCAUCGACGAAAGGAAAAGAAGGCCCAAUCACAGAAAGCGAGAUUUUGUGGUUAACCCGAGAAUGUCUUCUUCGAUAUCUCCGAGCUACAAAAUGGAACACAGCAGACGCUGAGAAACGACUGCUGUCAACGUUGACAUGGAGAAGAGAAUAUGGGGUUGAAGAGCUCACUGGUGAUCACAUCUCACCGGAGAGUGAGACCGGCAAGCAGUUCGUCGUUGGAUGGGAUAUUGCCGGGCGUCCAUGCCACUACCUCAAUCCCGGAAGGCAGAACACCGAGCCAAGCCCACGACAAGUCCAACACUUGGUCUUCAUGCUGGAGCGUGUUAUAGAUAUCAUGGUUCCAGGGCAGGAGACACUUGCUCUCUUGAUAAACUUCAAGACGAGUAAGACUAGGACAAACACUGCACCUGGACUUUCCCAAGGUCGAGAGGUCUUGAACAUUCUUCAGACUCAUUAUCCGGAACGACUUGGACGGGCCUUGAUCAUCAACAUUCCUUGGGUUGUCAGUGGGUUCUUCAAACUCAUCACGCCGUUCAUUGAUCCCUUGACAAGACAGAAACUUAAGUUCAAUGACGACAUGCGUCAACAUGUCCCUCCUCAGCAGCUCUGGGAUCAGUUUCAUGGUGAUAUGGAGUUUGAAUAUGACCAUUCCGUUUACUGGCCUGCACUCUUGAAGUUCGCUGAGGAGAGAUAUUCGGAGCGCCGUGAGCGCUGGGUCAAGGCAGGAAAGCACUAUGGUGAGAGUGAGAGCUAUCUCAGAGGUGGCAAUGUUUCAAGUAUGUUCCAACCCUCUGCAAAUGAGGAUGCUCCAGCGCCAGAGAAGGAGACGAUGCCAACUGAGAGUAUGGAGGGGGCAGCGCAAGACAAGGAGACUGCACCAGAAGAGAAGAAAGAAGUUGUUGCCCCAGUUGAGGAAUCCAAGGCACCCGCUCAGACGAGCGGUACACAGUCGAAUGGGAAUAUGGACGUUAUGGAAGUGACACCUAAACCGGUUCUGACCACAGAGGGAGACAGAGCUUGAUAGAGUUGCUGUGGGAUUGACUCGCAUAUUUCCAUUUUUCGUGAAGGAUGAGUUGCAGAACACCACAAGGAAUAUACCAUAGACUUUACAAAAAUUUAAUUCUUUAAAAUAAUUAUAAAAGCUUUUGGGUACUGGAGAGGGUUGUUUUGACCUCUCCCUUCGAUGCUCCUUCUCAGCCUCG